AUGAUGCAGGAGGAAGCAGUUUGUGACCUGAAAGCCGUAAUUGAACGGCGACCUUUUAAGUUUGGCCCCCGCUUCUCGUCCAUCGACUGCUGGAGUGGACAAAGUCUUCACCCACAGACACACAGUGGCCUUAGAGCUCAUACUGAGGAAAUAUCACUUUGUUUCUCAUCCUCCAUAAAUUGUUUGUGUCAGAGUCAGAGAACCGUGUCUCUACAGUCAGAGGUUUUUGUACGACGGCUCCAUCAGUUUGUAUCACUGUGGUACACGUUUGGUGGAGGAACCAGACUGGAUGUUAACUUGGGUGAACGCCGUCCCACCCUGACAGUGCUGCCCCCCUCCAGUGAGGAGCUGCAGCAGGGGAAGGCCACCCUCAUGUGUCUGGCCAACAAGGGCUUCCCCUCAGACUGGAGUCUGUCCUGGAAGGUGGACGACAGCAGCAGCAGCAGCAGCAGCUGGGAGCAGAGCAGGAGCCCCGGGGUGCUGCAGAAGGACGGCCUCUACAGCUGGAGCAGCACCCUGAGGCUCCCUGCAGACCAGUGGAGGAAGGUGGGCUCUGUGACCUGUGAGGCCUCCAAGGGCUCCCAGCCUGCAGUCACACAGACGCUGACCAGAGACCAGUGUUCCCAGUCCUGAUGUCCCUCACUGGGAGUUCUCUUUUUCUGAUAUUUCUACUGAUGUUACUUUUGCUGUUUCUUUUCCUGCCCUUUGUCUAAUAAAGUGUUGACUCAAA